AUGAGCCGGAGCGCCGACGCGAGUGUGCUGCGCGAUGUGGCGUCCUGCCGGGACCUGCACCGCAGUCAGAUGCCGGACCUCUCCACAGCGAGCGGGGCAGCGAAGGCGGUGGAGGACACGGUGCUGCUCGAGGUGCUCCUCCCGGCCUACGCAAAGCUGGAGGACCGUGAGGAGGUCUGUCGCGAUCUCGGUGUCUUCGUGCAGACGGGGCGCGGCGGCCCCAACGGACUCUCGAGAAGGGUGUGCGUGCGACUCACUGACCCCGCCGACCCGUUCUUCCUCUUCGAGCUCGAGCUGCUCGAGGAUGACUAUGGCACCUUCAAGCAACGACUCGAGCUGCUGGUGGACUUCAGCGGAUUCCCAAAGUACCUCGUGUCGAUGCUAAAUAGCGUUGUUUCCGGGCUGAUGCCGUACGUUGUGUGCUUCGUGGUGGACAGCCGCGACGCGGCGCGGGGGACGCUGCGGGUGCUGGAGCGCACCGACUUCCGCACCGUGGAGCACAUUUCCCUCGCGCUGCUGCGACAAGGCGACGCGGGGCAGAAGCGAUACCUUGCAGAGAGAUUCCAGCACUUUGAGCGCGCCUACACACGCGCCACGGAGGAAUACCAGGCAGAGGCCGCAGCAUCAGCAGCAAACAUUGAGGCGUUGAAGAGUGAGGUUGCAAGGCUGGAGGGGAGUCGGGCAAGUUUGCGCGAGCAGUUGAAUAUGGAAGUUGCUAAGUCAGAGAAGAACCAGUUGGCCAGCGUCAGUCAGCUGCGUGAGGAACAUGCCGGCCAGCUGUCGCAGCUGCGCAGCUCGUUUGAGUCAGAACUGCGUCACGUUACUAGAAAGGCGGAGGAGGUGCAAAAACAACUCAUGGAUGACAUGCGCGAGAAGGACAAGGAGUUGCAGGAGGCAAGACAGCGUAUCACCACGCUUGAGUCGUCGAUUAUGACGCUGCAGUCACAGAUGCGAAUUGCCGGAGAUAAGUGCAACGCACAAGCGAAGGAGCUGGAAGGACUACGCACCUCAAAUGAUGAGCUUCAGAGCUUCCGCACACAAGCAACACGUUCACUAUCUGAUACUGAACUGAACUUUGUGAAGAUGCAGGAGCGAUUACGCGGUCACGUACAGACACUGAAGUCGAGAGAGGAAGAGUUGAAAUCUCUGCGAGAGCAGUACCAGAAGCAGGACAACUAUAUCCGCAUUAUCACCUCGCAGAACGAGCAACUGACUGAGCAGAAUAAAAAGAAUGAGUUGUCACUAAGCAAGGCGCACCAUAUUAUUGCAACCCAGCUAAAGCACAUCAAAGAAGUGAAGGAGCGGGAACGCAUGAUGAGAAACCAAAUACGAAGCCAAGAUGCGCUCAUGCAAGAGAAAAUGAGUGCUAUUGCCCGCUUGAGGGACGAGUUGGCGUCCUCGACUGAACGGGCACAGAUCCUCCAAAACAAAGCCACAGAACUCCGUGAUCAGCUUGGGAAGACUGACGCUGCACGUGAAAAGCUCGCACAAGAACUUAAGCAGAGCCAAGACGCACUUAUUCAUCUUCAGCGAAGUACCAGUGUAAAUGGACGGCACUGGUCUGUUUUGGCUGGCCCGAGCAGUGGCCACAACCUUGGCGUGGGGUUGAGUAGCAGUUGUGGCUCCAACUCGUACGACAUCUACAGGGAAUUUAAUAGAAAUGCCUCCUCCACGCUGCGAGGUGCUGGCGGCAUGCCCCCAUACGGAUCGAGUGAUGUUGCUGGCAUGUCAACAGUCCAUCCCAAUACUGUCAUGAAUGUUGUCACCGACACAACCUCAGGUCUGGCUGUUGGCCAGCAGCAGCAGCAGGGACUUCCUGAUUCAACAAGCAAAAGCACAGCCAAUGGUGUUACGCCAGCUGCAGAAGUUGCCACUGGUAGUAAUGAGGCAAAACCUUCUUCUACCACAGCGGGGACUUGUGCAGCGAACGGGAGAUACACCCGUCAGCCGCUGGAUGCAACUGCAAUCAAUGUAGCGUUGAAUCACACAACACAGGCGUUCUCUAGCAAAAGCUUUUUAAACGAUGGGGCUAACAAGGCAGGCCUCAUGUCAAACACUGCUUCAUUCAUUGCAAAGGCACCAGCUGUAGCAGCAGCAGCAGCUCCCAGCUCAUACUUUUAA